AUGGCAGAUGAAGAAAUUCAAAAAUAUCAAUCUACUAUCAUUACUAGUGGUAGUGGUAGUGGUGGUAAUAACACGAAUGGCAGUAGUAUUAUCAGCAGUGCUAGUAUUAGCAGUAGUACUAGUACUAGUAGUGGUAAUCAUAAUAAUCAUAACUCGAAUACUAGUAGUGACAUCCGAAACACUACUGAACAACCAUCAAAACUAAAAACAGAUUCUUCACUCCUUUCUCUAGAAGAUGAAUUACCCCAAACAGAACAAGUCUUGUGUGAUGAAAGUGAAAUUGGUCAAUGUGUCGAAGAUAUUCAUCGAUUACUAUUUGGAAAUACUCCAGCAAGUUUCAUGUUCAAUUCCAUUUCUCCAAUCAUUCCAGCACUAUUUCAAUUAUACUGUUUUGUAAGCAAAACCAAACUCUAUCUCAAAUCUGCAUGUGAAGAAAUUAUGACGAGUUACUUUAAAAUUAGUGAUGAUGCACUUGAAGUUACAAAAAGACUUUUAAUAUUCGAUACAAAAACAAUUGCAUCGAGUCAUUACGUGACGUUCUGUCCAGGUGAAAGUGGAGGUGUUUCCAUCAAGUUAGUAUCUCAAUUGAAAAGAGAUUAUCUUUGGGAAGCGAAUUGUAUGAUUCAACUUUUCAAGCUUUUGAAAAAUCAUAAUGUGGCUGGAGAUUUAUUUGUUCAUUUAAUUACUCAAUUCACUGUCAUGAAACAGCAUGGAGAGAUGAUGCAAAUAAUCAUGGAUGAAAUACAUUCAUCAUCCUCACCUUCUCUUUAUGUAUUUCCACACUCAGAGUCACAACCACUUCCAGAAAAUGCAAUCAUUCUUCUUCAAGUAAUUCAAUUACUCAUUAAUGAAAUGGGAGCAUCGAUUAUGAAGAACACUUCACAAGCCAUUGCUUUUGUGAAAUUUUUACUAUUAAAUCAUGAAAAUAGAUUGGAUGAAGAAUCAUUGGAAUCAGUGGUCAUGGCUCUUGGAAUUCUAUCUGCAAUUUUAUGUGGUGGAAUUUCAGUCAAAACACUCGAUGAAGAACAAAAACUUGAAGAUUUAAAACCCAUUCUCGAUCGAUACAAAGUCUAUGAACAUCAACAAAUUUCAGAAAUGGCCUCAUCUGCUUUAUUGAGCAUUGACACAAAACAAUAUAAGGAAUUUCAUGGCAAUUUUGAAGAAGAAUAUACCGAAGAACAAGUCAUCAAAAUCAAAUUUGAUCACAUUUUGCAAGAUUUAAGAGAUCCAUUGUUGCCAGUGAGAGCACAUGGAGUCAUUGCAUUGAGAGAUCUCGUGUUAGAAAAAAAGAACAAUACUCUCAUUGAGAAACAGAUCAAAAACAUUUUUGAUAUUUUACAGUCUCAAUUGAAAGAUGAAGAUACAUAUGUGUAUUUAGGUGCUAUCAGUGGGUUGACAGCAUUGGGAGAUGUAUAUCCUGAUACCAUCAUUCCAAUUCUUGUGGAUACAUUUAGUGAUAAGAGACAAGCCAUAGAACAGAGACUGAAAAUCGGUGAAAGUUUGGUAGAUUUGGCAGAACGAUGUGGCCAAAUGCUUCCCAAAUAUGCUCACUAUUUUGUGUAUUGCUUUUUGAAUUGUGGAAAAGAAAAUGACAAGGAUUAUGAAUGGGUUCGGGCAAGCUCAAUCUCCAAUUUGGCUACAUUGGUCCAAAUCUUGAGAUUUGGUGUUCAUCCCUUUGUACAGGAUAUUAUCGAUUGUGCAUCGUACGUUCUCAAUUUUGACCAGAGCGAGCAUGUAAGACGUGCAGCUGUGUUGAUUUUUGAUCGAUUCGCAAAAACUUUUCAAACAGAUCUGUUCGAAGUUUUUACGGAAUCAACGCUGGAUCAAUUCAAGACAAUUCUAAACAACACUGCGUUUUAUGAUAAGGACGAAAUUGUGAGAGUGAACGCAAAGGCAGUGAUAUGUGAAAUGAACGAUUUUCAAGACGAGCGAUUGUACCCAAGCACCUACAUUCCAGGGGCUGACAAAAAGCACUUUCUUAACGAUUUCCUUAAAUUCAUGAAUCAUUAA